CUGCUGCUUUGCUGGAAGCCACGGCCAACAUUUCUCAGCAGCAGCAACUGUGCGCGACCACACAGAACCGCAGCUCCGCGCAUCAGCAGCCGCGAUAAUUACUGUACGCACCCACUUCGCACCAUCACACACAAACACACACACACACACACACACACACACACACACACACACACACACUCACUCACACUGGAUCCCCAUCCCCGACUCAAGACCUCAGGUGCACAGCGUCGAAGUCGCGCGGACUCUUCCAGGCGCUUUUGCAUUUCUUCAUCGUUUUCUAAACUCCGGACGCCAGAUCCGAACCAAGUUUCUUCACCGAGGCGGAGUUAAACUGUGAGACCAUGGCCAACUCCGGCAUCCAGCUGCUGGGAUUCUUCCUGUCGCUCAUCGGCAUCGUUGGACUGAUCAUCGGGACCAUCCUGCCGCAGUGGAAGAUGUCCGCGUACAUCGGAGACAACAUCAUCACGGCGGUGGCCAUGUACCAGGGGCUGUGGAUGUCCUGCGCCUUCCAGAGCACCGGGCAGCUCCAGUGUAAGAUCUACGACUCCAUCCUGCAGCUCGACAGCGCCCUUCAGGCCACACGGGCCCUGAUGAUCGUUGGAAUCAUCGUGUCCAUCGCCGGCCUGGGCGUAGCGUGCAUGGGAAUGAAGUGCACCACCUGUGGAGGCAACGACAAGCUGCGCAAGUCUCGCAUUGCCUUGACGGGAGGCAUCAUCCUGCUAGUGGGCGGGCUUUGUGCCAUUGUGGCGUGUUCCUGGUUUGCUCACAAUGUCAUCCGAGCUUUCUAUAAUCCCUACACCCCUGUGAACACCAAGUUCGAGUUCGGCGCGGCCAUCUUCAUCGCCUGGGGCGGUUCCCUCCUCGAUGUCCUGGGAGGAGCCAUGCUGGCCGCCUCCUGCCCAGGGAGGAAGCAGGUAUCCAAAUACCCGUCCAUGGCCGGGUCCCGCUCCGGCCCUCCGAGCAGCACCAAGGAGUACGUGUGAGACCCCCCCACCCCCGCCCUGCAGCCCAGGACCUCCACAGAAGCCGCUAGAGACGCCCCCCCCCCCCUCUUGUUGCAGCAUCAGUGAGGUGAAGGUGCAGUUGUGAAUCCUACUCAGAGGCUACGUGCGACUGUAACGGCACCAUCCACACUUGGUGUUCAUAGAAAUGGUUGAUAACUCCUUGAUUACCGUGCUGCAAUCCCAGUAGUUUGAUGAAUGAUGUCUCUCACGCCGUCCACACAUUUCGCAAUUGUUUACAAGUUGUCCUCACAAAUACACUAUAAUUGGAUCUCCUAACUAAAUACACGAACCUGUGGGGAGCAGCGUCUCCAAACGUGGCCAAAAUAAUGGAUUCCAGCCAACGUUUGCAUCUGCGUGUUAGAAACGGCAUCUAUUAGCAUUUGCCAUGUAAUUGAAGGUAAUGAAUUUUAGUUCAGCGUGAAGGCUGCGACUCGGGGGCUGGGUGUCACAGAGGCAGGAGGUGGCAGCACAGACGCUACAAUGACAGGGCGUGCCUCUCCCCGCUCACCACAGGCCCCGCAGCCCUUCAUACCAGCCCGCUACAAACCCUGCUCAUAUAUGAAAUGUCUGAGCACCUAGUCACGGCCCCAGACGCCCUCCAACAGCUUCUACAUCGGCUUUUAUGAAAUCCUCCAUCCUAUUUAUUUUGUCAUUCCGAUUUUUUAUGCUCCUGUGUAGAUUUAUGUAAUUGUUACAUGGCCGCAGGUAUCGUGUAGCAUUGUAGCUCUCAGAUAUUAUGACAUAUUUGUAUCAACAUUUUAUGAUUUGUUUUUUUUAUGUUUUUUUUACAUGAUAGUGUCAUGUAGCACUUACAGUAACGGUGUAAUAACACUGAAUGGAACCGUUUUUUAACAAUACAAUAAUAAAGAGAAUGCAACAUCUGUGAUUGUCGUGAGUUACAGUCAGUAAGUUCCAAUUUGUGUUUGGCUGAAGACGAGAGACUUUGUCAGUUUAUCCAUUAACAAAACCAGAUGUUCUUGUAAGUCUAAUGGUGAACCCCAGCUGUCACAUUUAGAAGUGUGAACAUUGUGAAUUCACCAAUAAACUGCAGGACAUUUACUGAGAUGAGUAAACACUCAGAAGUUACAUAAUUACACCAAUCAUUUAUAAAUUCAGUCUAAGCCAAAAAAAACAUUAGUUGUGUUUUUAGUUGAAUUAAAGCUCAAAAACUCAUUUUUCUAGUAAAGUAUGUGGAAACAUAAUUUUAGCCUUUUAGUGGUAGACGUGUUAAAAACCCUCGUGUGCAGAUCAAGCUGUGUUUUGUUUCUAUAUAGACAGUGUCAAACUGUGUUUACUGACACAAAGCCUCCAAAAAGAUUAAUCGUUUAUUUCCCAAGAUGCAUUAUGAAAAGUCAACCAUUUCCAUGCACAUGGUAACCACAACUCAACAACAAUCUUUGAUUCAGUGAGCUGUGAAAUGCAGUGUUUCCAUGACGCCAAAAAAAACUGUCAACUACGAACAAUUUCACAGCCAAAUAACAUGACAUCAGCUUGAGCCUCUAGACAAUAACAUGUCAUUUCAAGGUCCAGUGAAGUUGUAAAAAAAAAAAAAAACAACAGAU